AUGGAUUCGGACUCGGUAAAAAAGGCCGUCAUCCGGCAGAUCCUGACGGAGUCGGACAUGGCCAACGCGCGGCAGCUCAUCGACAAAAUCGACCAAAACUGCUUCGAGAAGUGCGUGCCGAAACCGGGCAGCUCGCUGUCGAGCGGCGAGAAGACGUGCGUCACGCAAUGCAUGGACAAGUACAUGGCGGCCUGGAACGCCGUCAACGCGACAUAUAUGAAGAAGCUGCAAGAAGCGGUCGGCCAC